AUGCAUCCACGAGGACGUGCUUCGUGUCGCCACAGUCGGCCUCCGGACGUCGUCGGUUUGUCGGCUCCAUCUACUCUUGGGAUGGGGGAUUCAGUGAACUUAGAAAGUGAAACCAAAACUGCUGACGAGGACGUUUUCAUGGAAAUCGCCUCUCCCAAGUUGAAGAGAUUGGGGUCGUUGAAGAAACAAGUCGUACUCAAUAGGGGCACAAGACAAGACAAGAUCUUCCUUCCUUCCUUCUCCCCUCCGUCUCUCCCCCUCCUCACGGAACCUCAUUUAGCCCGUCUCUCGUGUGUAUGUUUUCCCCAUGAGAUGGAGAAGUCUAAGUAUACUCAAGCGCCGAACGAAUGGAUCCAUUCCAACGUGGACAUCAAGGAUGCUUAUCCAGAUAUCCGACUGCAGUUGAACGAGCAAUUGCGAUGCCUGGAUACCCGGUUGGAGACACAAGUCGGAAUCGUGUACGAACUCCAGGAUUUCUUCCGUCGAAAGGCCGAAGUAGAAUCCGAAUAUUCUAAGGCCCUCGACAAGCUCUCCAAGACCCUGCUCCUCAAGCACAAGGAGCAAAAACAAAAGCGCGAGGGAUGGAGUUUGUUCUCGACCUCCGGUUGCUGGAAGGAGUUGGUGGAUAGCACGAGGCGUGAAGGCCGCGACCAUGCUGCUCUCGCCGACAUCUAUUCCACUCACCUCGUCCAGAAACUCGCCGCCAUCGCUGACGACCUCCAACGGGUUUAUCGAAGGUGUCGAGAGAUCAGUUACGAGAACCACGAGGAGAUCCUGAAAGUCCUGCAUGAGCUCCACACGACGAUGAAGACAUACCAAUCCUACCAGGCCGAGUUCAAGAGUGCUGAGAACAAACUAAGGGUAGCCCAAAACCAACGGCUGAAGUUGGAGCAAACCAUCGCUCCUGAAAAGCUCCAGAAGAGCAAGAAAUUCAGGCUAAUUGAGAAGGAGAUAGAUAAGAGGAAGAACAAGUACAAUGAUGCCCGGCUGAAAGCAUUGAAGGCUCGGAAUGACUACCUCCUCUCCAUGGAUGCUGCUAAUGCUUCCCUGCACAAAUAUUUUGUUGAUGAUCUGUCAGAUAUCAUUGAUUGCAUGGAUUUGGGGUUCCAUCAAGCUGUGGCUAAUGCGAUUGGGAUUCACCUGGCUGCAGAGGAAUGUAUAAAGCAGUCAAAACAGUUGAGCAUCGAUGGGAUGAGUACCUGCAUUGGAGGUUUUGAUUCCCGCCUUGAUAAGCAGAAAUUCCUUGAGGCUAACAACCAGGCCUUCAUGAUCCCCAAGAAGUUUGAGUUCCAGGGACCAAAGGGAGAUGAUCCAAUGCAGAUUAGUGUCACAGAUGGUGUGAAGGAGGAUGUGGAGGGAAGAUUCAAGCAACUGUGCAAGCGACUGACAAAGCUGAAGACAGAGUCAGAAGAGAUCUGGAAGACCCUGGAGACUGCAGAGAAGAAACUUCUAGAGAUGGUUUCGGAAGUGGACUUCAAUGUUCAGUGUCAGUUUGUGGACAGUGCUGAAGGGAAGCUAACAGAGGCUGAAGCAGCCAAGAAGCGAGCUCAGCUUCUGGAGACAGAAGACUUUCACCUGGCCAAGUUUCGGAAGUAUGUCCUCGAGGGGAACUUGAUUGCUCGUCUUGAGGCCAAGUAUGAGCUGAUGAGGAAUGCCUUAGGCAACGAUCUGGCCGAAGCUGUGUCAAAAGGUCAGGGUCAUCAUCUCUUGGCAAGUCUCCCUGCCAAGCCAAGACGGAAGCGCAUUGGUCGUCCACUCACUGUUGGACAGCCAAAGCUCUUUGGCGGAAGCCUAGAAGAGUAUUUGGAAGCCACUGAAGAGGAGAUCCCACUGAUUAUGAAGAGUUGUAUACGUGUUAUCAAUCUCUAUGGACUUCAUCACCAAGGGGUCUUCCGUGUCUCAGGAUCUCAAGUAGAAAUCCAGCACUUCAAGGAGGCCUUUGAGAGGGGUGAGGACCCCUUAGUAGACAUCAGUGAUGCUUCAGACAUAAACUCUGUGGCUGGGGUCCUCAAACUUUACCUUCGACAACUCCGAGAGCCUCUCUUCCCCAUAGUCUUCUUUGAUCAGCUCAUGGAACUUGCUCAACUGGAAUCCAAACACGAGUUUGUGAUGCGGGUGCGGAGUAUGGUGCAAAACCUUCCUCGACCAGUGUUUGUUGUCAUGCGCUAUCUCUUUGCCUUCCUCAACCACCUGUCAGAAUUCAGUGAUGAGAACAUGAUGGACCCAUACAACUUGGCCAUCUGCUUUGGUCCAACCUUGGUUCCAAUACCUGAGGACAAGGACCGGAUUCAGUUUCAAAACCUUGGGAAUGAAUUGGUCAAGAACAUCAUCAUCUACAAUGAAGAUAUCUUCUCCAAUGAUGGUGGUAUAAUGUAUGAGAAGUAUAUCUCUUCCUCCAUGCCUGAUGAAGGUGAUGUGGGAGAAGCUCCAGACCAAUCCCAUGAAGACCUGGACUCGGAGACCUAUCCCUCAGAAGAUGAUGCUGCUUCCAAAGAGAAGGAUAUCAGCCUUCAGCUUUUUACUAAGUCUGAAGUUCUGGAGGCAGUGGCCCAAUUUGACUUCACAGCGAGGACACCUCGGGAACUGUCUUUCAAGAAGGGUGAAACUCUGACCCUCUAUGCCCAGGUCUCCUCUGAUUGGUGGAGAGGCUCUUCCCUUGGACAAGAUGGGCUCAUCCCUGACAAGUACAUCCUCCUCAAAAUCAGGGAUGAGGACAGAGAGAGGGUGGAGCCAAGAGCACCAUGUGAGGAUGGAGUGAGGCGUCGUGCAUCAAGCUCAAGUGAUUCAGUGCUCUCUGGUCAACCAGGGGGGAAUGUUCAGUAUGCAUCAAGUGAGACGAGUGAGAUGCCAUCAUCCUCGUCACGAAGCAAGUCCCUUGAAGGAAGUACCGAUAGCCUAUCUCUAGAUGAGUCCAGUCUGGGGCCAGGGGGACGACGGCGAUCUUAUGAGGUACUUCUCACCCAUGUCUAGCUGUGAUCAUUCAUUCCCACUUUAGACUGCAGAGGCCUAUCCAGAGGAACAGGAAGAUGACCAAGAGGAAGAGUACAAAAUUGAACCAGCUGUUUUAAGAGAUGCCAAGCCAAGACAAAAUCCCAAAGAUGAAGACAAAGACACUGGAAGUGCAGAGAGCCUGAGUCGCCUGUCAGACUUGGAAGCAGAUGAAACACAGAUGGAGCUGGAUUCAGCACUAGCACAGGUAUUAUCAGCAGCCCGAACAUUGGAAGAGCCAACAAUGGAGGCAAUGGCUUUUGAGCCCCAACAGUCCUGGGAACCCCAUCCCAUCUUGACCAGCAAGAGUGCAGCAACAUUACCUGCUAUGGGGGCAUCUCAUCGACGUCAUCAGAGUUUGGAAGCAUCCCCUCGCAUUUGCAUCGUCAGCCGAUACGAGCCAUCUUCAGAUCUGUCAUUGGAUGGGACCAACUUUCGUGCCAACCAGAGUCUCUGGGAGCAGCGGGCCAAUGGUGGCAAAGCUGCUCAGUCUCAACCACUUCUUGUCGGAUCCCCCAGCCCCAAAAUUGGGAAAAGACGAGAGCUGUGGGACCAGCAUAAGAAACUGCAGAAGCAAACUCCUGAUCUAGUGAUGGACUUACCCAUUGACACUCUGCUCAGUUCUAGUCCCAAGUCCGAGUGUGCAAGUGAAUCAGACGAUGCAAGUGAGCAAGAGUCUUCAUCGUCUGUGAAUCUCGAUUCCCCAGAAGUGAGUGCAGCUGAACGGUUUGCCAAAUCCAACCAAUGCACCCUGAAAAAGAACCGAGGCAGUGGGUCAGGUCAGGCUGGGCCAAAUGGAGUUGAUGCAGGGACUCAGACCCAAGUUCCUGCUUCAAGGAACUCUGGAGUCAAGGAAAUGGCAGACGAGACUGCAUCUCAGCAACUUUUAGAUGCACCACCUGAAUUCCAGGGUCCAAGAGUGAUGUCUCGAUUCCCUCAGUUGGCCCAGGCUGCAUCUACUGCUUCUGCAUCACAGCAGUUGACCCCAAGGCCACAUGUGAAGGUGAAACCCCAGGUGCUGAAAAAGCCCUCACUCCCACAAAAGCCAUCACCCGAAUUGUCUCGAAAGAAUCUGUGAAAGAUCUCGUCAUCAUUGUGCACUGCUCUGAUAUUUUUUGUUUUCUAGUCUAUUUGGCAGAGCCGCAUUUUUGUCCUACUACUAUCCCUCCCAAAGAAUCUCUGGCUCUGACUCUGAGAAUGGUAGAAUCUCAUCUCAUACAAACUGGUUUUCAUCCUUUCUUUUUCUUCGGUUGGUGCUAUUUGAAUGUGGAGAAGGAAGGUAUCUUGUGGUUUUUUCAUAGUAUCUAUGAGAAAUGAUGUGCCAGGCCAAUGUCUUCCUCCAGCGCUUCAUCUUCCGCUCACACAAACAGAUGGAUACUUGCUUCCUUCUCAUGAAAUCCUGUAUUUUUGUAUUCUUUAUCUUUCGUACUGUAUUCAAUGAUCUUUUUUGUCCUCCAGUAUUUGGUAUGCAAUAUGCAUUGUGAGUGUGCUAGCAGAUAAUGAAAUCAUUUUCCCUG